AUGGCUGAAGAAGCGAUUGCCCCUGUGGCUGGUUUUUAUGCUGCUCUGAUUGAUGAAGAGCUACGUAUAGAAGAGGUCGAACUUCAUGCUAAAGAGCAAGAGCUUCUUGCUACAAUUAAUCAAACCCCCUUAAUUGGAGUUUCGGUUCCUCUGGUCGAAGCUUCCAGUUCCCAGGUGGUUCCUGAGGUUUCUGAGGGCCUUCCUACAGAAACUUCUAUUAUCCCUUUGCCAGCUGCCUCUUCGUCAGUGGCUGUUGCUCCCUUACCUACUGCUUCUCUUCCUAUUAUCGAGCUUACAUCCCCUGUAAGCUCAGAAAAAUCCCCUGCUGAGGUUGCCCCUGGCAAACGACCGGGACGCAAACUCACCAGAGCUCCCUCUUCUAAAAGGAGACUCAUCCUUUCUACUGUGGAGUUACUUUCAGAAGGUUUUGCUCCUACUACCCUUCCCUUUACUAAGCCUACUUUGGUUGAUCUUUAUCCUUCCCUUAUUUUCUCUUCCUCUCCUUCUUCCAGCAGUACUGCUCCCGGUGGUACUUCUUUUACUUUUCCCCUAUCUUUACCAGAAUCUGGGUCUUCACCUUCUUCAUCCUCUUCUUAUUUGGUUUUCGCUCCCCCUUCUAUUCCAACCUCUUCUUUUUCUACAAGUUCUUCUUCUAUUCCCGUCCUCCUUGUAUUGCUGGGAGGUUCUUUUACUACUGCUCGAGAGGAAAUUCGCCCCCUCUUUGGAGGGCUUACCCCUUCUGAGAUAAUCAAUCAAUUUUCCCAUGAGGAAACCAAGAACGAGAAGCUUAAACAACAGGUUGCUGAGAUGUCCUCUACCACACUUUCAGAAGAAUCUAGGAAACAAUAUGAAGGCCAUCUUGAGAUCCUUCAAUCUCAAUUUAAAUCGGCUAUGGACCUCAACACUGAAUUAUCUUCCAAAUUAGAGAAGCAGAUUACUGAGACAAACAAACUGAAGUCUGAUUAUGAGUCUGCAUUAGCUGACAAACUCAAAACUCUACAUUUGAAAGAUAAUGAAAUAGCUUCUUUAAAUGUCUCCUUGAACACAGCCAAAACAGAGGUCUCCACUAAAGAUGCCGAACUGAAGUCUUCCCAGACAGCUUUAGUUAUUUACCAAGCUGGUGAAGAUGAUCGUUUCAAGGAGCGGGCCACAACCCUAAUUAGAUCUACUGAAUUCAAUAGGUCGAUUAUAAAAUCUAUUUUGGCAGCUUAUACUGCCGGAGCUGAAGGAGUCGUUGAGCAAUUAAGGGAGAAAGGCUUCUUGUCCCAUAAUCCUCCUCCCAACUUCUUGGAUCGACGCAAGCUGAUUGAUAAUAGGCCUGAUAAUCUGUUUCCUCAAUUAUCUAUAGAAUAA